GUGACCUCCCGUGUGUGGAGGCAGGAUACAGAGCCCUGGGCACGGGGCGCACGUGCAAUGGGUCCUGUGGCGUUUUCCAGGCGCGAGCAUUUCCAGUGUGAUGCAGAGUGUUUAAGAUGCGCCGCACAAAGCCGCAGAGCAGUAGAAUAGAAGGAAGCGCUGCUCGGUGACCGCUUUCCUCCCUGAAAGCGCGUUUCCUCCUGGAGAGGCUGUGGAAAUGGACGCGCUGUUUUACGCCGUGCUGGUACUACUGCGCCUUUCUGCGUCCAGGGGUUUCCUUAUCGCGCACGCGAAAGGCGUGUGUCUGAGCGUGCGGAGCGGCGAGGUCGUAUUGCAGAAGUGCGACGCCGCGAGCCCCCUUCAGCAGUGGACGUGGACGGCAGACAUGCAGCUCGCGCAUCGGCAGCACGGCUGCCUCUGGGCCGACACGAGCGGCGCGCUGCCGCCCCACGCGCGCAUAGUCAAGCUCAAGGAGUGCAGCGGUGCACCCGCGUGGAAGUGUUACGACAGGCGGGGCACCUUCGGUUUGGCGGAGUUGCCACUGUAUCUGAAAAAGCAAGGGGCCCAGGCCGUUGUUCGGGUCGAUCCGAAGUACUCCAACUGGACAAUGUACACGGUCAGUUCGCAGGGGAAAGCGGUGCUGUCGUUCCUCUGUCAGUCCGCAGCAGGUCUGCCAACCGUCUCCACGAGCAAAACCUCAGCACAGAUUACAACUGUGAGGAUCCCUGUCACCACUGAUCAUGGACCCGGGACCAGCACUGGACAUACGUCCAACACCAGAACCAAAAGGACUGGUACUACCAAUCCUGCUGGGCCCAGUGUGGCCCUAGCUCUGAAUACCAGGGUUGUGCUUCGUAAAGACAAGUCAUCUCACACAGUCCCAUCUGGACUUCUCACAACAGGCCACGUUAGCACAGAGAGGCAGGAAGCAGCCUCCGACAGCUCCGUCACGCAGCUCCCCUGGGAGCUGAGAAACGAGAUGAGUAAUGUCACACGCAUGGUUUUCACAGACCUCCACCAAACAAGGAACACACAUGAGAAUUUCCGGCUCGAUCCGCGUUGGACUCCUGAAUCGAUCUCCAGGACCCAUAAUCUGAGGGUCAGCCGCAAUGCAGUAACUGCAUCUCACACUUCUGUCACUGAUCCUGAAACUGUGUUUUCUGUCACGAGCUUCAGGGCUCCAGCUGUGAUGCGCUCCACCCAGCGCUCCACCCAGUCCUCAACUCAGCCAUCAGGUUCCCUGAAAACACUUUCCGGCACCAUUUUAGAUCCGUCAACAGAUAGUUCAGCUGAAAUCCUCUCAGUGUCUGACACUCGGACAGAUGUUGAAACUGCCCCUCUGUCCGCAUACACAGCAUCUGCUCCCACUGUGGUCAGAGAUACGAAGGCCUUCGGCACUCUGCGUCCCCUCACAGGCAGGAGUGGGUUCAGCAAACAGCUCCUGUAAAUGGAGCUCAGGCGUCCCCCAUCACAGGCAGAUCUACGGCCAUAAUCGGCACCCACCAUGCUGAAACUAACUGCACCUGCUAGCACAAGCCUCAUACCUUCAGAUCCAACUACUGCUGUGCCUGCCAUAGAUUACAAAACAACCAAGCUCCAACUACAACUAGUGGGCAAACUACAACUACCCCAAUAACUACUGGCAGCAGCCAACUAUGACAGCAAGAGCAACCACAAAUGCCCAGACAAUUAAAGUUACUCUCACUACAUCAACCACCACCCAACCAACCACUACAUCCACCCAACCAACCACCACCCAGCCAAC